AUGGGGUGCGCCAAUGAAUCAUUCGUGGGUUCUAUCGACCAGGGAACGACAAGCUCGAGAUUCCUCAUAUUUAGCGCUGCGGGGGAUGUCGUUGCGUCGCAUCAACUCGAGUUCCGACAGAUAUAUUCUCAGCCUGGCUGGCACGAACACGACCCGCUGGAAAUAGUUGAGUCGGUCGAGAAAUGCAUAGACGGUGCCGUUGCUUCUUUCGAAAGUCAGGGCCAUAGCAUCGAAUCUAUAAAAGCAAUUGGCAUUACGAAUCAGCGAGAGACCACCGUGGUGUGGGAUAGAAAGACCGGGGAACCGCUCUACAACGCGAUUGUAUGGACGGACACGCGCACCCAGGCGCUGGUUCGCAGGCUGAAGAGUCGCCUCGGGGCGAACGAGCUGCAGGAGCUUUGCGGUCUUCCAUUAUCGACAUAUCCAUCUGUUGGCAAGCUACUCUGGAUGAUGGAGAAUGUUCGCAAGGUCAAAGAAGCCUAUGAAAAGGGCGUGCUGGCCUUUGGGACCAUUGACACCUGGCUCGUCUACAGGCUCAAUGGCGGGACAGAGAGGGAGAUCUAUGUCACUGAUCCUUCAAAUGCGUCACGCACAAUGUUUAUGAACAUCAGAACCCUCCAGUAUGACGACCAGCUCAUCGAAUUCUUCCGUCUCGACCGGGAUAAAGUUCAUCUUCCCAAGAUAAUCCACUCGUCAGACCCAGAAGGAUACGGCUCUCUGGCAUCCACUGCCCUGAAGGGGCUCCCUAUUACAGGCUGUCUGGGUGACCAGUCUGCCGCACUUGUUGGCCAAAAGGGCUUCACUCCAGGCCUCGCGAAAAACACAUAUGGCACAGGAUGCUUCUUGCUAUACAACAUAGGUGAAACCCCCGUAAUAUCCAAACACGGCCUAUUAACAACUGUCGCCUAUGACUUCAAUGGGAAAGUGAUGUAUGCGCUCGAAGGGAGCAUUGCCGUUGGCGGAUCCAGCGUGAAAUUCUUGGUGAACAACUUCGGCUUCAUCGACAAAUCCAGUGACAUCAGUGCUCUGGCAGAGACAGUCGAAGAUAGCGGAGGUCUUGUGUUUGUAACUGCUUUCAGCGGUUUGUUCGCCCCGUACUGGAUGGAUGACGCACGCGGUACGAUGUUUGGAAUCACUACCUACACACAGCGGGGACAUGUGGCCCGCGCGACGCUCGAGGCAACAUGUUUCCAGACGAAGGCUAUCCUUGACGCCAUGGAGAAGGAUAGCGGCCAAAAAUUGACAGAGUUAGCUGUUGACGGGGGCAUGUGUAAUAGUGACUUGACUAUGCAGACCCAAUCGGACAUCAUUUCCAUUCCCGUCCACCGGCCCGUAAUGCGAGAAACCACCGCUCUCGGUGCUGCAAUUGCAGCAGGUCUGGCGAUUGGCAUCUGGCGCGGCCUUGAAGAAUUAGCUGCCGUGAAUACCGAAGGCCGGACUGUUUUCACGCCGGCCAUUCCCAAGGAACAGGCUGCAAAUCGAUUUGCGAAAUGGGAGAAGGCUGUCCAAAUGUGCAAAGGUUGGGCUAAUUGA